AUGCCGGAUGUGAUAUUCGUUGGCUUGUCUGGGCCGUCAUCCUCAGGCAAGACCACCCUGGCCCACAUACUCUGCCAGAUAUUUCCAAACACUGAGAUUCUCCACGCCGAUGACUUUUGCAAGGAAUUCGACCAAAUCCCCACCGUAAACGGCUAUUUGGACUGUGAUGGGCCCGCUGGUGUUGACUUUGUCCGCCUAGGAGAAACCCUCGAUUAUAUGAAAUCCCAUAAUGGGAGGCUACCGGAUGGCUUCAAAAGUUGGCAAGCUGACGUCUUUCCGAAUCUAAGAUUGAAAGCAAUUGAGCUAGCGCCUGUGGAAUUAAUGGAAAAUAUGCGUGCAAAAGUCCAACAGGCACAGCGGCUGGCCGGUCACAACUCAUCCCGAGAUCUCGUCGCUGCGAAAAUAGUAUUUGUUGAUGGGUUUCUCCUCUAUCAUGAGCCCAGCAUAAGGAAUCGAUUGGACUUGCGCCUUUUCCUGCGGUUGAGUCAUGCAAGCGCCAAGCAGAGACGAUUUACGCGCCCGGGUUAUGGAUCAGAGGCCAAGUCCGGAGAAUUUUGGAAGACGGAGGACUACUUUGAGAAAAUGGUGUGGCGAAACUAUGUUGCGCACCAUGCUCAGUUUUUCAUAGGGGGCAACGUUGAGGGUAUAGUGCAUGCGCAGCAAUGUCAAAACCUCGGCAUUGAAAUUCUGCCAGGUCUCGAUCGGCCGCUCGAGGACAGCUUGCCAUGGGCUAUCGAUCAGAUUAUCGAGUUUUUGAAACAGCGGUAG